ACCCAAAAGCAAAGUCUGAAAUUCUGGUGUCAAAAUUCAUAUAUUCGACCUCAAGUUUAUCGCACCACAUUAUUAGUGCCAUCAUCAGGACUAAUGCCAUCCCUCAGAGCCAUAGCGGGAAUGGACCCUGAGCUGUACAAUACAUGUACUAUCCAGUAUAUUUGGUACGAUUGCCGGUACUGGAUGGUCAUAGAGGUCAUGGUUCAUCCUUCAAGCCCCCCGUCGACAAGCUACAGGAUUUAGGCAGCAACAUCAAAAGGAAGCUCGCUGCGUAACCUAUGGCUACUGCACACCCGGUCCCAAACAACCACACCGGCAAAUACUGGAGACCUUGGAGUUUUGUGGCUUUCUUCCCGAGAUUGCCGACAACAUCUUCAAGGCUUGGGAGAGGCUACAGCAUGCCCUUCAGGACAUGGCUAGUCGCCCUUGCGGCGGAACUGGAGAUCGCCAAGAACACGGCGACACUAAUGCACCAUCAAGGCUCGCCCCAUGCUUAUCGCGGAGCCAGCUUCACAUUCCUCUGGUGGCGCCGCUUGGCCGGACAGCAGCAGCACAUCUUCGGCCAGAGAGAGCAGCCGCUAAUGACCAUGAGUCCCGCCGUCGGUAACGUCACCUGGAAACUUGACGGCAAUGUCGCAAUUGUCACCCCUCUCCUGGAAGUGAGGCAGAUCCGGGAGUGCGCAAACCGCGCAGAAGCUACGUAUGACUAUCGGCUGGUUCAGUGGUGCGAUGAAAAGCCGCACUUCGCCCAAGAGAUCGGACCGAACAACUAGGAGAACUUUGUCUGGAAGUCCGAAGAUCUUAUGGGUGAUGGCGUUCGGAUCCCGCGUCU